AGAGACUUAAAGGAUGGCUUCCUCAGAUCUGGAACAAUUAUGCUCUUAUGUUAAUGAAAAGAUUGGCAAUAUUAAAAAAACUCUGUCAUUAAGAAACCUUGGCCAGGAACCUACCUUGAAGUCAAUAUUAAAUCAAAUAGAAGAUGAGAUCAUUGUAGUAAAUGAACUUCUAAAUAAAUUUGAAUUGGAAAUUCAGCAUCAGGAACAAACCAACACUUCACUCAAGGAACUCUGUGAGUCUCUUGAAGAAGACUAUAAAGAUGUGGUACAUCUCAAAGAAAAUAUUCCUUCCCAUUUGCCUCAAGUAAACGUAACCCAGAGCUCGGUUAAAGGGCCAGAUCUUGACCCUGAUGGACCAGUCAAAGUUGAGGAAUCUGUACCCAUAAAGAAGACUCCCAAAGAACAAAAAAGUAUUAAUAGUAUUAAAGAAAUGCUGUUUAUAACUACUGAGGAGUUCAGUGGUGUUCCUGCGUACAUGAAAUCCCGCUUGACCUAUUGUCAAAUCAAUGAUGUUAUUAAAGAAAUCAACAAAGCAGUAGUUAGUAAAUACAAGAUUGUACAUCAACCAAAAUCAUCUAUGAAUUCUGUGGCCAGAAAUCUCUAUCAAAGAUUUAUUAAUGAAGAAACAAAGGACACUAAAGGACAGUAUUUUAUAGUGGAAGCUGACAUAAAGGAAUUCACAACUUUGAAAACUGACAAGAGAUUUCAUGUGAUCCUGAAUAUCUUGCGACACUGCCGGAGGCUGUCAGAGGUCCGAGGGGGAGGAAUUACCCGUUAUGUCAUAACCUGAGACCCUUGUAAGCUUUGGAA